GGCGCGCACGCAGCCAAGUGACUUCCGCGACGCUGCUCGGAUCGACCCAAAGCGAGAGCACGAGAGCAGGAGGGGGAUUUCCAGCUCGAGCCCCCACUUCCCGAAGCAGCCGUUGUUUUGCUUUCGGUCUGGACACAGAAACAGAAAUAAACGACGGCCGCCCUUUCCCUUUUUUCCACCACUCGAAAUCACAAACAACUUUAACUCGUCGGACUCCCGCGGCGCGUGUGAUUGUGACAGCGGGACCGUGAGGCUACAGGCCGUGCACACUGAACAGGACACAAUGCCAGUAGAGAGAAUGAGGAUGCGACCUUGGCUGGAGGAACAGAUCGACUCCUGUCAGAUACCAGGACUCAAAUGGGUUAACAAAGAAAAGCGAAUCUUCCAGAUCCCGUGGAUGCAUGCUGCGCGUCAUGGCUGGGACCUGGCGAAAGAUGCUCCGCUCUUCAUGAGAUGGGCCAUACAUACUGGUAAAUUCCAGCUAGGCAUAGAUCGUCCGGAUCCGAAAACGUGGAAGGCCAACUUCCGCUGUGCCAUGAACAGCCUGCCGGACAUCGAGGAGGUGAAGGACAAGAGCAUCAAAAAGGGAACGAAUGCCUUCAGAGUCUAUAAGAUGCUCUCCUCCUCGGAGAGGAGCAUGAAGAAAGGAAAGAAGAAAACGGACAAGGAGGGGAGGCCCAAGGGAAAUAAAGAGCAGGCAGCGUCUCCAUCGCCAGACAGGACUCUUCCCGACACUCGUGUUGGACCCAUCGACUAUACCAUGCAGGACAUCGUCAAAAUGGAAGUGAUCAAAGAGGAGCCACGAGAGUUUACCAUGACGGACAGCGCCUCAGCCAUUCACAGCUCAGUAGAAGACCACAUGAUCACCAGCGAGCAGCUGCCAUUUGUCUGUCAGACGAUCGAAGUGACCACUGAGAACGAAGAGCAGACUGUGAGCUCCUCCCACUCGUACCCACUCCAGAUCUCUCCCGUGUCUUCAUGCGGCGGGAGUGACACAGACAGUGACACAGAAGACACCAAAGACGUCAGUGUCUGGGGGCGGGACUACAACACAUCAGUCCUCAGGCUUCCCACGUGUCCUCUACCCGGCAUGGCCAGCUUCGUCAGUGCGAGCAAGCCCAACUUCAGGGUGACCAGCACGCGAGACCCGGCCCCUCUCAUCAGCUACCACACCGACGGCUGGCUGCCGGACUACGGACAGAACUCUCUAGCGUCGGCUGCGGCCAGCCACACCCACGAGAUGCGAGCAAGUGUCAUCAUGAAAACCUCAGACGUGACUCCCUCCUGACCUCUGACCCCCGGACGAGGGAGUGUCAGCGCUGCUUCCAGGGCAUAGGAACGACAGAACAUGAGAUACUGAUAUCAGAGAUACGGAUGUUUUCUCCACGGGGAGGCCGCGUGGAGCCUGAACCGGGCGAGCUUCAGAAACCGUUGAUAUAUUUGUAGCAUCUGUCUAAGCGACGGAUUCGCUCAGUUUUCUGACGGGUGACGCCUUGACGUUUAUUGUUCUGCACCCGUUUGGCUGCGAAGGGUGUGCAUGAUGUAAACGUGUGCGAGGGUAGGAUCAUGUAAGGGUACAUGUGGAAUUCAUGGUCGCACCCCGUUAGUCCCCGCCCACGUCCGUUUUGGACAAGAUCUGGCCUUUUUAAAAACCAUAACGGUCACAUAUCCUCUGCUGCUUUGUGCUGAAACACUUUGACAUAUAUUAUGCCCAAUGAAAGAAAUGUCCCACUUUUAUGUAAUGAAAGAAAAGUGGCUUUUAGUUAUUAUUUGAGUCAGUAUUGCCUUCGUGGAGGUUUGAAACUACGUCCUCGUAUCCAUCUGCUGUUUUUAGUCGUGUACAGUCUCCAAUCAAACUAAUGGCUCCUCAAAGGAAGGUUUUUUUUAAAUGUUAUUUGUACAUAUCUCACCUCCUUAAAGGAACAGAUCGGCUGCCAUCUUAAGAGCGGCGUAAGCAUGACACGUGGGACUAAAGAACAAAGCAGCUUCACCAGAGACGUCUACAUAAAGACUCAUCCUGGAGCCCUGAUUGGCCCCCUGCAGUGGAGAGAUGGCGUGCGUGUGCCCACGUGUGUGUGUGUGUGUGUGCCUGGGGAACCUCAGGACAAUGUAACCCGCCAACAGACGGAGAGAAUGACGGACGCACAGACUGAACAAUGCACCCAUGUGUUCUCCUUUAUCCUCGGCCUCCCACCGUUAAUAAUGUAUAGAGCUCAUAUGCAUGUGUAGCUUCAGCACCUUACAGACAGCGUGUGUGUGUGUGUGUGUGUGUGUGAGAGAGGGAGAGAGACGUUCUUGUUGAAGACGUGUGCCUCUGACAGAGUGUCUGGAUCUAAACUGCUCCAGACGUACUCGCAGGAGGCUUUCAGGGAUUGAGUCUGUGGCUCUUGAGCGCUCGACGUGACAAACAUCCGUGUGUGUGUGUGUGUGUGUGUGUGUGUGUGUGUGUGUGUGUGUGUGUGUGUGUGUGUGUGUGUGUGUGUGUGUGUGUGUGUGUGUGUGUGUGUGUGUGUGUGUGUGUGUGUGUGUGUGUGUGUGUGUGUGUGUGUGUGUGUGUGUGUGUGUGUGUGUGUGUGUGUGUCGGAGUGUUUGUGUGGGAGCUCACUGGGUCUGGAGGAAGGAGACUGAAUCUCAGGGUUCCAGACGUCCACUUUUUAAUUGGAGGUUAUUAUUAACUGGCACAUUUAAAGGGAAUGUCUCGCUGCGACAGCGUAGAAGAAGACAGUCUGGUUUUGAGAGGCCGUUUAGAGGACGGCGUCAUCAGCAAAGACCCUGGUUCUGUUGUUCUUUUAAGUCACUUUGUGUUCUUCUUUUCACAGUCCGGUUUCUCGGCUCAGAACUUUCUGUUUUCCGGUUGACGUCUCAGUCCAAGUCUUGUUUCUUUCAUCCUCUCGAGCCCCUCACCUUAACCAUGACGUCUUAACCAUGACGUCUUCAAAAGAUAAACGACUUCUUUUGAGGCCUUAAAUGCAAACGUGUGCACGGAACGAUGAACUGUGGCCGCAAAAUGGAAGUUUGCUGUGUGUUUGUACAGAGUAUUAUUAGAGCAAGCUGGAUGGUUUUCAAUAUUGCUUAGCAACAUAUGAAUUUAUUCCAAAAAAAGAUAUAUAAAUAAAAUGAAAUGUAGUGUUAAGUUAUGACUUCCGAGUGUAUCAGAAACGCUACUUGUGUUAGCAGCUAGCAGGCUAAAGCACAGUCCUCGCUUCCCGCUUUUUUUUUGUUUUCUCGCAGAGCUCCAAACAGGAAGUUCCUGCAGGAGAACCAAUAGGACGAAUCGGAAUCUGCCACGGUUUUCGAACCCAACCACUAGAGACGUACACUGGACGCACAUUACUGUUUCAGGAACACGUUGAAUCUUACUUGUUAGUAGACGCUUCCCUCCGUGUGCCUUUUGAUUGUUUUAGUCCAUGUGGUUCCACUCCUUGAGCGUUUUGUCAACACCUGCCUUUUGUUUGUUUGUUUACACCCAUACGUUUGAGUCUUGGCCAGUGUUGUCAUAGUGAUCAGGCAUCCUCCCUGAAGUUAGAUAUUUGCACAACUUGUAGUUGUGCCGAUCAACUCGUGUGCUGUUGAUUGCUUGAGGACCAAGCGCUCCGCGCGUUGCUCUGCACACACAGCAGCGCCCCCAUCAGGCUUUUUAACCACAGCGACCCUUUUUAAUGCAGACGCACGGGGCCUCAGAAAGCUAGACGGCUUCAACGCAAGGAAUCACUCAAGUGCACUUACAAGUAGAGUCCGUGAAUGGGACGUCGUUGCAGCCAAAGACUGGAUGUCGACAAGAUGUAUAUUAAUGUUUUCGAGGGGGGUGGGGGGGGGGCGACUGAUCAUGUAGCUCCAGCCUUUUGCUUUCUGCAAAUCAGUGCCCAGUGGAAGCCGAGGUGUCUCCAAGGAAAACGUCAAAGAAGAGAAGCCACGACUCCACUGUGUGUCUGUCUGUACGCAGUGAAAACUACUUGUGAAUCAACAUGUAAAUCUGAAUAAAGACUUUUUUAUAUUUAUUCUGA